AGAAGAAAGCGCAGUUUCCGGUCGGUGUAUUGAUGACGUAUCAGUGGAAGUUUGCGUGAUUAGCAGCUGCGGUACUAACGGGACUAACGCACGCGGACAGUCGGAAGUGGCCAUCAGCUGACCUGCUGACUCACUGAGCGCGCUCAGUAGGGGGUCUCCCCUCCACACACACACUCAGCUUCUGUUGUAACACACACACACACACGAGUCAUCAUGGUGUUAGCCGACCUCGGCAGGAAGAUCACCUCGGCGCUGAGGUCUCUCAGCAACGCCACGAUCAUCAAUGAAGAAGUGCUCAAUGCGAUGUUAAAGGAGGUGUGUGCGGCUCUUCUUGAGGCCGACGUGAACAUUAAACUGGUCAAACAGCUGAGAGAGAAUGUCAAGGCUGCCAUAGAUCUGGAGGAGAUGGCGUCUGGUCUCAACAAGAGGAGGAUGAUCCAGCACGCCGUGUUCAAGGAGCUCGUUAAGCUGGUGGACCCCGGGGUGAAGGCCUGGACUCCGACGAAAGGAAAGAACAACGUCAUCAUGUUUGUUGGUCUGCAGGGAAGCGGGAAAACUACCACCUGCUCCAAGCUGGCGUAUUACUACCAGAGGAAAGGAUGGAAGACCUGCCUGAUCUGUGCCGACACCUUCAGAGCUGGUGCCUUCGAUCAGCUGAAACAGAAUGCGACCAAAGCCAGGAUCCCGUUCUAUGGCAGUUACACAGAGAUGGACCCGGUGGUGAUCGCUGCUGAAGGCGUGGAGAAGUUUAAAGGAGAGAACUUUGAGAUCAUCAUCGUCGACACGAGCGGCCGACACAAACAGGAAGACUCGCUGUUUGAGGAGAUGCUGCAGGUGUCCAACGCUGUGCAACCGGAUAACAUCGUGUACGUGAUGGACGCGUCCAUCGGCCAGGCCUGCGAGUCUCAGGCCAAAGCUUUCAAAGACAAAGUCGACGUUGCCUCGGUGAUCGUCACCAAGCUGGACGGGCACGCCAAAGGAGGCGGAGCUCUGAGCGCUGUGGCGGCCACCAGGAGUCCCAUCAUCUUCAUCGGAACCGGAGAACACAUCGACGACUUCGAACCCUUCAAAACACAACCGUUCAUCAGCAAGCUUCUGGGGAUGGGAGACAUCGAGGGUUUGAUCGACCGAGUGAACGAACUGAAGCUUGACGACAACGAAGAACUGAUCGACAAACUGAAACACGGUCAGUUCACGCUCAGAGACAUGUACGAGCAGUUCCAGAACAUCAUGAAGAUGGGACCGUUCGGACAGAUCAUGGGUAUGAUCCCGGGCUUUGGGACAGACUUCAUGAGUAAAGGAAAUGAACAGGAGUCGAUGGCGAGACUCAAGAAGCUGAUGACCAUCAUGGACAGCAUGAACGACCAAGAGCUGGACAGUAAGGACGGGGCCAAGCUCUUCAGUAAGAUGCCGAACCGGAUCCAGCGGGUCGCCCGGGGGUCAGGGGUCGCGACCCGGGACGUCCAGGAGCUGCUGACCCAGUACACCAAGUUCGCCCAGAUGGUGAAGAAGAUGGGGGGCAUCAAGGGCCUCUUCAAAGGAGGAGACAUGUCUAAGAACGUGAACCCGUCUCAGAUGGCCAAACUGAACCAGCAGAUGGCCAAGAUGAUGGAUCCCCGAGUCCUGCACCACAUGGGGGGCAUGGCGGGUCUCCAGUCGAUGAUGCGUCAGUUCCAGCAGGGCGCCGCCGGCAACAUGAAAGGGAUGAUGGGAUUCAACAACAUGUGACCGCCGACCAAUCAGCUGCCUUACAUAGAAACUUAAAGCUCCGCCUCCUCUCAGGGUCAGGUGGAGGGGGCGGGGCUUAGGGGAGAGGGGGCGGAGCCUCUGCUCCUUUAAAUCAGAAAUCCACAUUUCUGACUUAAAGGAGCAGUCUGUGAGUGACUG